AUGGAUAUUGUACGUUGGGGACUCUAUGGUAAUAUCUACACAGAGAAUUAUGAACACUUUUCAGACGGCGGACCAAAAUGCUAUAACGAUAUGACUAACACAUUUCGUAUCUCAAUUUCAGCGGUUUCUGCGAUUAUUUGCUUUCUUGUGAUGAGUAAGAAUUUGAUCAAGUUAAGAAAAAUGCUGGGCUAAAAUAAAAGUAUCUCAGGAAUUGACAAGAGCUAUGGGGAAGAAGCCUAGUAUUUUAGAGUACUUGGUUGGUCUGGCAUGUUGGGGAACAUUUAUUGUUUAAACCGGAUAUAAAUUGUAUACAGGAAGGGGUAUAUGUGAGAAUAAGACAAUUACAUAGGUGUGUUUAUGAAUAACCCGUGUCAUAUAGUGUUAUUGAUGUAGGGAUAUGUGUUAUUGACCAAAAAGCAUAAAUUUAGUGCUGUCAUUUUUAUAUGCCAAUUAAGGUGGCUAUAUGGAGUAUUUGCAGUAUUCAAUCAUCCUCUAAACUCAAGGCACUAAAAUUCCCAGUUACCACAGGUAUGGAAUUGCCCUUCGAAGUGGAAUUCUUUUGGAUAGAGCACCUUCUUGGAGCAUUCGCAGGUCCCUUGGCAUUGACAUUAAGUGGAAGAUUCUUCUUUUUUGAAUGGAAGACCUUCUUUAUUGAAUAGAUGUUCGGAUGGGAUUCUCAUGUCCUUUAUUAGAGAGUAAGCACUACUUACAAGUUUAGAUUUACAUGUUGCCAAUAUCAUUAAUGACUUGGGCUAAUUUAAACUAUAUGCUUUGUCGACCAGAUCAUGAUCCAUUUCUCCCAUACAUCGGAAAUUGGUAUUAUGUGUUUUCGGAGAUCUACUUAAACUUGCUUAGUAUAAUCGCAUUCGUCAUUGUGUUCACAUUAACUUGGGUUCUAAGAAAAAUCAUAAGAUAUAAGGAAAAAUAAGAUUGA